AUGGUCGAUAAAUUGGAGCCUCCUACCAACAAGCCAGCCAUGUCCUCUGAGGUUCGCCCUUCACGCCCGCCCGAGACCCCCCCUCAGCAGGCCGGUAUACGGCUUUCGACAAUUACUAAACUUAUCAAAGGAUGGUGGACGUUGGAGUUGAUUACUAUGACUGUCGGCCUCAUCACUUUCGCCCUCUACCUGAAGCUUUUGAACGAUUACAAUGAACAGAUUGUAGACGACCAUUACUGGUUUCAAUUCCCUCACUCACCAUUCAAAACCCUACAAUCUGUUGUUGCGCAGUUGACCACGGUUAUGAAGUUAUGCAUGACGUAUCUCGUCGCUGGGGCGAUGGGUCAGCUCAAGUGGUACCAGUUCCUGCACCACUCGCCCAAACCGGUGGCCGAUCUGCAGGCCUUUGACGCAGCAUCUCGAGGCAUAUCUGGAUCUGCUAAACUGCUUUUUUCAAAGCACAGAUUGCAGUCGCUCAACAUCGCACUGGGCUGCGUCUUUUUCCUCGCUACCUUCUAUUCGUCAUCCUCGGCGCAGAAUACCGUCACUCAAGGCCGAGACUACAAGUGGUAUCCGACAAGUAGUCGGUUCCAGGACGCAGCAUUCCCUUUCAGCAUUUCGUACAACAUAAGCGACCCCGUCUUCCAGAUCGCAGAACCAGGCAUGCAGGCGGCUAUUCUCGCUGGUUGGACGUCUGACUUUAACCCGGGCCCCGUUGCCCAGGGCCUCAAGUUGCCAAUCCUCUGCUCCACCGGUGUUUGCCGAUGGUUCCAUGUCACUUCGCUGAACGUUGGAUAUGAAUGUCAGAGCGUGCAAGCCGCCACCGACUAUGACGGCACCGUGUAUUCCAACCCAGCCAACAUCAGCAACCACGUGUCAACGACCCAUUCAAAUGGCUCUGUUAUCCAAGUUCCCGCUUCAAUCUACCUGAAGUCGAGCUACGAACUGCCAGUAAACAGCACAUUCAAUAAGUCUUUCGCUCACAACCCAGGGUUGAUCGUUCAUUUGGCAGCGAUCACCAAGCAUGAUGAGUGGCGGGGACCGGAGGCCGUGGAAUGCAUUGUGUUUUGGCAAGUACGAUCGAGCGAUGAAAUUUUUUACGACGUCCUGAACAUGGACGGAACUGCCAAUAUCACAGCAGUGCCUGGUUUCAAAAACCAUAUGGCAGCGGUUGAGCAUUCGGAGAUUGGUGGCAAAGUUAUUGUCUUAGAAGGACCAUGCAACAACAACAAAAACGGCGAACCUGACAACGACGACGUGGCAAGAAAUUCCACCAAGCCCUGUCGGUAUGAAGCUUCUUUUGAAGCCCACGAGGGACUUCGCGAGUACAUGAUGGGGCUUUUCGGAGGCCACAUCCAUAAACAAACGCAGCCAGACGGGACCUACAACAUUGCUUCCACUAACCUCGCUUUGGAAAUACUCCUAUGGGCGUUGAGAAGAAACAGUCAGGCAUCGGCUCCUUUGCAUGAGACGAUGAAGAGGUUACUGUCCAACGUAUCAAUAUACGUUGGAGACACCCUGAAGAUUGCUUCCCCGCACCGGGUGCAAGGAGAAGUAGCCACAGACCAGUAUUACUUGGUGAACUGGUGGUUUGUUCUGUAUCUCGGUGGCAUGCUUGCGUUGAGCAUCUAUCUCUUUUUGUUUGCCAUUUGGCGAACGCGGCACCUGCCUAUCUGGAAGACGUCUCUGCUACCUUUUCUUUAUCACGGGUUCGAUCAGCCGAUGAGGGAGCAGGGAGAUGAUUCCACCCACCUGGCAUGGAUGGAAUUGGCGAGUGAACAGCAGAAGGUGGCCCUGUGGGACGAACACGAUGGCCUGGGUCUAAAGCUUCGGACCGUCAACCGUUAA